AUGAGCAACUUUGGGUACCACAAACAGCUUGGCAAGUAUGAGGACAUCGAUGAAGAUGAACUUCUGGCCUCCCUGACUAAUGAAGAAAUCCAGGAGCUGGAGAAGGUUAUGGCUGAAAUAGAACCUGAUACGAACAUACCCACUGGGCUAAGGCAAGAGGACCAGACGGCUAAGCAGCCAACAGGCACUUUUUGCCGAGAGGCUCUGCUGAAGUACUGGGAGGACGAGACUCACAGAAUGCUCGAGGACAGCAUGGAUGAGUGCCAGACAGAUAAGAGCGAAGAGGAAUGUGGCAGUGAAGAGCUUGAGGAUAAUGAAGAGGAGAGAGAGCAAGAAUAUUGGGGGCUCAAAACAGGGGGAGAUGGGGAGAAAGAAGCUAGGUCAAGCAACAGGAAUUUUGUGGACUUGUCCAGAUUAGAUUGCAAUAGGAAUGGCAAUAGUGGUCAAAAACAUAAAGGCAUCCAUAAAGGUGCCCUUCAUCAUCACGUUACACCAGAGAGGCCAAGUGGUAACCCCACUGAUAUUGUUAAGACCUUGGAAAACAUUUUGAGUAACGACACCUCCAUGAAUGAAGUCAACCUCAACAACAUUGAGAACAUAUCCCAAGAGGUGUUGGUGAGCUUUGCUGAUGCAUUAAUCUCCAACACUUACGUUGAGGUUUUCAGCCUUGCCAACACCCAUGCGGACGACCAAGUAGCUUUUGCCUUGGCCAAAAUGCUAAAGAAAAACUGCAGCAUCACCAACCUUAAUGUUGAGUCCAACUUCAUUUCAGGCAAAGGUAUCUUAGCUUUGACUGGGGCACUUCAGUACAACACAACACUGGUGGAGCUCCGAUUCCACAACCAGCGGCACAUCUGUGGAGGCCAAGUGGAGAUGGAAAUGGUGAAAUUGCUAAGAGACAACACCACCCUGUUGAAACUGGGAUACCAGUUUGACUUACCUGGUCCAAGGAUGAGCGCAACUGGGAUUUUAACCCGCAACCAGGACCGCCAGAGGCAAAUGCGACUGCAACAAAGGAAAGAACAAGACAAUCUAGAAAGAAGUGAGGAACAAUCCAAGACAUGGGAUACUGUGGACAGUACACAGUCUCUUCAGAUCCAGAUUUCAACAGACAAAGAUCCUACACAAGGGAAGCAGCACUUGGUCUCUACUCAUUUACCAAAACAUCCUCACAGUCAACCAAAAGUUGUGAAUAAUGUGCCAUCUAGAGAAAUUGCUGAAAUGGUCAAGCAACAAGAAGAAACAGCCAUGGAUAGCAUUGUUCGAAACCAGACUAAUGCAAAUAAAGGACUCAAACUCACAGGGGACAACCAUGGCAAGAGCAUUUUUCAAAAUGAAAAAACAGUACUUUGGAGAAGAAAAUAUGAAAGAAAUAGUCAGGAAGGAACCCAGGGGUCAACCCGUGAUGAUCUGUUGGCAGCUAUUCGUAGAAGCAGCAUUGGUACACUACGAAGGGUCACCAAUAAUCAUCGUUCCUGAGUUUGAACCACGGCCGUAACCAGGGUUUGAAAAUGAGUGAGGUCUGGGGUGGGAAAGAAUUUUUAAGAAUUGUGUUUUAAUAACCCCUACAAAUACAACUCAUUAUAU